GUCCGAGUAGCUGCGGCUGCGGCGCGCUCCGCAACCUCCGUCAGCGGCAGCGGGGGCUGGCGGCCCCGGGCCCUGCUGGGCCCCCUCCCCCAACCCCAUGCCUCAGCCGUAACUCCGCCGCCCUCCCCCGCGGGGGGCAUUUCCCCGCGCCCCCUGCCCACCCGGUUCAAGUCAGGCGCCAUGAACGACCAGUACCACCGGGCGGCCCGGGACGGCUACCUGGAGCUCCUCAAAGAGGCCACCAGGAAGGAGCUGAACGCCCCGGAUGAGGAUGGCAUGACUCCCACCCUCUGGGCUGCCUACCAUGGUAACCUGGAGUCGCUGCGUCUCAUCGUGAGCCGAGGGGGUGACCCAGACAAGUGCGACAUCUGGGGCAACACGCCCCUGCACCUGGCAGCUUCCAAUGGCCACCUGCACUGCCUCUCCUUCCUGGUGUCCUUCGGGGCCAACAUCUGGUGCCUGGACAACGACUACCACACGCCGCUGGACAUGGCCGCCAUGAAGGGCCACAUGGAGUGCGUGCGCUACCUGGACUCCAUCGCGGCCAAGCAGAGCAGCCUCAACCCCAAGCUGGUGGGCAAGCUGAAGGACAAGGCCUUCCGCGAGGCGGAGCGGCGCGUCCGCGAGUGCGCCAAGAUGCAGCGCAAGCACCACGAGCGCAUGGAGCGGCGCUACCGCCGCGAGCUGGCCGAGCGCUCGGACGCGCUCAGCUUCUCCAGCCUCACGUCCAGCACCCUGAGCCGCCGGCUGCAGCACCUGGCGCUGGGCAGCCACCUGCCCUACUCGCAGGCCACGCUGCACGGCACGGCCAGGGGCAAGGCCAAGAUCCAGCGGAAGCUGGAGCGGCGCAAGCAGGGCGGCGAGGGCACCUUCAAGAUCUCCGAGGACGGCCGCAAGAGCGUGCGCUCGCUCUCGGGCCUGCAGCUGGGCAGCGACGUGAUGUUCGUGCGCCAGGGCACCUACGCCAACCCCAAGGAGUGGGGCCGCUCCCCGCUCCGGGACAUGUUCCUCUCGGACGAGGACAGCGUCUCCCGUGCCACGCUGGCGGCCGAGCCGGCCCACUCGGAAGUCAGCACCGACUCAGGCCACGACUCCCUGUUUACCCGCCCCGGCCUGGGCACCAUGGUGUUCCGCAGGAACUACUUGAGCAGCGGGCUGCUCGGCCUGGGCCGCGAGGACGGGGCGCUGGACGGCGGCGGCGCCCCGCGAGGCCGGCGGCAGAGCUCCCCCAGCCUGGACGACGACAGCCUGGGCAGUGCCAGCAGCCUGCAGGACCGCAGCUGCGGGAAGGAGCUGCCCUGGGACGAGCUGGACUUGGGCCUGGAUGAGGACCUGGAGCCCGAGACGAGCCCGCUGGAGGCCUUCCUGGCUUCCCUGCACAUGGAGGACUUCGCCUCCCUCCUGCGGCAGGAGAAGAUUGACCUGGAGGCCCUGAUGCUGUGCUCCGACCUUGACCUCCGCAGCAUCAGCGUCCCCCUGGGGCCCCGCAAGAAGCUUCUGGGGGCCGUGAGGAGGAGGAGGCGGGCGCUAGAGCGCCCGCCCGCCCUGGAAGACACUGAGUUAUAACAGAGCGCUCCUCUCUCCAGACCAAAAUGAAUUGCAAGUUGCCACAACCCACCGUGGGGCCAUGAGGUCCUCACAGUCGCCAGCCCUGAAGCCCCCCCACCCCUCCCCAGGAGCAAAGACCAUGUGGGUCAUCUCCUUUGAAAGCCUGGCCACACUCUACAGCAGAGGUGUAGCCUGGAGGUACCAGCAAGGGGUCCCGGAGCCCUUGAGCCACGCCCAUCUGAAUGGCCCCCAAGGACUUGUGGAUUCGAGGGAAGCCAGCCCCAGAGGAAGGGCGGGGGGGGGGACCCCUGGGGCCCCAGGGAAUAGAUGACAGGCUCAUUAGAGCUGAAUGGGAGUGUGAGGGGCGGGCAUGGCCAGUCCCAGGGGCCAUUGUCUCUCCCCACCCCUCCUCCGAGGGUCCUGCUGUUGUGCUCAGGCUGGAGACUUGCUCACUUCCUACAUUUUUGUGAAGGGAAGAGUUUGGGCUGCCUCCCCUCCCCCCAUACACCCUAGAGAGGAGGUUUCUGGCUAGACUCUUCAGCCAAAUGUCCUGACUUUAAUCCCCACCCUGUCCCAAGCACAGCCAGCCCCCUUCUCCUUCACCUACUGGCCAUGCUGGGGAGGUGGAGUGCCAGGCUGGGGUGGGGGGCGGGGGUGACCGGCAUCCUUACCGGCUCACCUUGUGAUGGGGCCCAGCCUGACUCUGCCCUCCUCACCAUGCCCUCCUCCACCCUGCCUCCAUCCCGGUCCCUCCAGGGACCCCAGAGUGUCCGGGCAAUAGAUGCAAGGUGCUAGAGCGAUGAGCCGCGGUAUUAUGGCCCCUCCGCCUGGUGGGCGUGCUCUGGGCUGGAGAAAGGCAGCGGCCAACUGCCUCAGCGUCUCCCAGGCCAGAGACAGGCAGAGACUGGGCAUGGCUGGGGGUCUAGCCUCUCUGUGGGCCAGUCGUGCGAUAUGGACAUGGAAGAGCCUGAGGACGUGGAUAAUCUAAGCUGCUGACUGUCCCCGGGUCCCCAGGGCUCUGUGCGUGCCUGUCGGUGUGGAGGGCUGGUUGGUGGAUUCGCCUCCAGGUGUGGGGGCAGCCGGGCAGCUGCACGGUUCUGCGGGGAAGUGCGCCAGCGAGAGCUCAGCAGCGUCCCUGCUCUGAGGCCGGUGAGCCCAGGGGAAAGGCCAGCCCCGGGGGGCCCUCAGACAUGUGUCCUGAGGCCUGUGUCCUCGGUUUUCCAAUCAGCCUGAGGUCAGGGCUGUGGGAGAGCUACUCAGGGGUGCUCUCACGUGUGUGUGCACGUGCACCCCCCACACGUGUGUGCCCUUCCUGCUCUGUCAGCAGCGGACCCCCGUCCCUGACCCUCAGCUUGGGAAGCGGCUCCCACUGGGAGCCCUGCCACAGCCCCCAUCUCUUUCCUGGGCCCCCUUGGCCGGGUCAGGGGACUAGAGAACCCCCAGAAAAUGCCACAAGCUUCCCUCUGGGGCUUCUGCGUCUGUGCGCAGAGCGGGGGCCAUGGUGGAGGUGGUCUCUGUUCCCACACGCGGGCUUGGCCGCCUGCACUGCCACCCUGAGCCCACCCCAGUCCUUUUCCCUGUUCUCUGGGCCUGGGCCUGGGGCCACCCCCAAGUGCUGACUCGACUUUCUCAAGCCCCAGGUGCUGCCCUUUCUAUUCUGUACCCUGUCUGUGUCCUGCCUCAGCCUCCUCCCGGUUCUCCCAGUGCCAGGGUGGGGCAGGCUCUGGGAUUCCCACUGCCCUACCAAGUACCCCUCCC